CUAUCUACACACACACACACGGGAAUGGUGUGUGAUCCUGUUUCUGCUCAUUUGGCUUUGCUACUAGUGACAUCACUUCCUUCAGUGCUGUGUGGAAAAAGAGGGAGGGAGACAGAAGAAGAGAAGGAAGGAGAGAGGGUGAGAACGCAUGCGACGAAAAGAACAGGAGACUGGUUUGGUUUCACUUUCACUUUGUACUCUUGGCAGCUGGUUCGCAGAGCACGGAAACCAACACAACACACUCAGAAAGGCACAGUUAAUCCAAGAGAGCAAACAGACACAAACACGGGCACAAAACCAGUGAAUAUGGCUUUCAAAUACCCUGAGGCAAGACGGGAUGAGAAUAAGGUGGACGACUACCACGGGGUGAAGGUCCCUGACCCCUACUGGUGGCUAGAGGAUCCUGACAGCGAGGAGACCAAGGCAUUUGUAGAUGAGCAGAACAGUCUGACCAUGCCGUACCUGGAGCAGUGUGAAGUCAGGGCUCAGUUUCAUCAGCGUCUCACUGAGCUCUACAACUACCCUAAAUACAGCUGCCCCUACAAGAGAGGUCACAGGUAUUUCUACUUCCACAAUGAGGGUUUGCAGAACCAGGAUGUGCUGUAUGUGCAGGACUCUCUAGACAGCCCAGCCUCUGUGUUCUUUGACCCCAACAUACUUUCUGAGGAUGGCACUGUGGCUCUAAAGAUGUGCCGGCUGUCCGAGGAGUGCGAGUACUUUGCGUAUGGGCUGAGCAGCGCCGGUUCCGACUGGGUCACGGUGCGGUUCAUGAAGGCCAAUGACCUCACUCCACUUCCCGAUGUCCUGGAGCGGGUUAAGUUCAGCUGCCUGGCUUGGACCCAUGACGCCAAGGGCAUCUUUUACAACUGCUACCCAAUACAGGACGGCAAGGUUGAUGGUACAGAGACCACAUGCAACCUCAACCAGAAACUCUUCUACCAUGUGGUUGGCACCAGCCAAUCAGAGGACAUCCUAGUGGCAGAAUUUCCUGACCACCCAAAAUGGCACAGCAGCGUCACUGUGUCUGAUGAUGGCAGGUAUGCGGUGCUGUCCAUCACCGAGGGCUGCGAGCCCGUUAACCAGCUGUGGUACUGUGAUUUGCAGGAACUACCCGACGGCAUCUCAGGCCUCUUGCCGUGGGUGAAGUUGGUGGAGACGUUUGAGGCGCAGUACACCUACGUGACCAACGAGGGCACCGUGGUCACCUUCCGCACCAACCUGGACGCGCCGCGCUACCGCGUCAUCAACGUGGACCUCCAGAAGCCAGGGAGGGAAAACUGGAGCUCCCUCAUUCCUCAAGACGAGAAGGACGUCCUGGGCUUUGUGCAGUGUGUGAAUCAGCACCACCUGCUGGUCAACUACGUGCAUGACGUGAAGGACAUCCUGCAGCUGUACGAGCUGGGCUCCGGCGCGUGGAUCCGCGACCUGCCUUUAGAUGUCGGCACGGUUGUGGGGCUCAGCUGCAAAAAGAAGCAUUCCGACUUCUUCUAUAAGUUCACGUCUUUCACCACUCCAGGAAUUAUCUACCACUAUGAUCUGAGUCAGACCAACGCAGAACCCACGAUCUUCAGACAGGUGGAGGUAAAGGGGGUACAGGCCUCUGACUACCAGACCAGCCAGGUGUUCUACCCCAGUAAGGACGGCACCAAGAUCCCGAUGUUCCUGGUGCAUGCUGUUGGUAUCCAGAAGGAUGGCUCCCACCCAGUCUUUCUCUAUGGAUACGGAGGCUUUGAGAACUCCAUUCAACCAUACUACAACACAGCAAACCUGCUCUUCGUCAGGCACCUAGGGGGUAUACUGGCUGUGGCCAACAUCAGAGGGGGAGGGGAAUACGGUCAGACUUGGCACAAAGCGGGCACCUUGGGUCACAAGCAGAACUGCUUCGAUGAUUUCCAGUGUGCGGCGGAGUACCUAGUCCGGGAGGGCUACACCAAGCCGGGCCGCAUCGCCAUCAACGGCGCCUCCAACGGCGGUCUGCUAGUCGGGGCCUGUGUGAACCAGCGUCCUGAUCUCUUUGGCUGUGCUGUCGCGGAGGUGGGAGUGAUGGACAUGCUCAAAUUCCACAAGUUCACCAUCGGCCACGCCUGGACAACCGACUACGGCUGCGCUGACGACCCGGAGCAGUUCAAGUGGCUCAUCAAGUACUCUCCGCUGCACAACCUCCCGGGCGCAGGUAGCGAGGGCCCCCCGUACCCCGCCAUGCUGCUGCUGACGGCCGACCACGACGACCGAGUGGUGCCGCUGCACACGCUGAAGUACGCGGCCACGCUGCAGAGAACCGUGGGCCGGCGGCCCAAUCAGACGCAGCCGCUGCUACUCCGCGUGGACACACGCAGCGGACACGGCGCCGGCAAGCCCACGGCCAAGGCCAUCCUGGAGGACACGCACAUCUUCUCGUUCGUAGCGCAGACCCUCGGCCUCAGCUGGAGGGGGUGAGAGGAGAGGGAGAAACUGAAAACUGAAAUUACAUCAAGGUCUGGGAUUCAUAGGACGUUUGAGAGUUACACUCGGGUGUUUUGUGGGCCCUUAUGAUUUCAUAGUGCUGCUCUUGGAUUAGAUAUAUGUUAGUUAUGUUUUAUAGUUAUAAAAGGGAUUUAAAAUUUCAAAACUAAUUUUAUGAACAAUUCUUUGGCUAAUAAUUUGAGUAAAUGUAAAGUCUACUUCAUACUAAUAAAAACAGCUUGUCUGGCAAAAGCCUUUCACCUUCUUGUAAAAUCACACAAAAUAAAUUCAGCCUUAAUUGUUUUUAA